UGUUCCUCCUUCCGUCCACUCCUCCAAUCACAAGCUCUACUCCAAAUAAACCCAACCCAGCCCCUCCCCCAGCUCUAUGUCACCAAACCUCUCUCUCGCCUCCUUUCUCCCUUCCUCUGCUGCUUUCUGUCUCGCGCAUGCCUUUUUCCUUCAUUGUCGAUCGUGGCCGGGCUAAAGGAAGGAAUAAAAGGAUAGAUGAAUUAGAAAAAACGAGUGUGAGGGAUGGAAAAGCGGCCAGGUUCUUUAUGGAUACACCCACAUAAUCUGCAUGUUUGGAAGGCCCAGGAGUUGUACUUUCUAAGAAUGCAAAGGGACAAAGUAAAAAUGGAGAAGACCAAGUCGGAAGACGAUUAUCAGUGUAAGAGGAAAUUGAGGGUGUGUGUGGCAACAUGCAACAGAGCGGACUACUCCAAACUGGCCCCCAUCAUGUUUGGGAUCAAAACCAACCCUGAUGAGUUUGACCUGGAAGUCGUGGUGCUUGGCUCGCAUCUCAUUGAUGACUAUGGGAACACUUUCCGUAUGAUCGAGCAGGAUGACUUUGACAUCAGCUCCAAGCUCCACACCAUAGUGAGAGGAGAGGACGAGGCAGCGAUGGUGGAGAGCGUCGGGCUGGCACUUGUAAAGCUCCCUGAUGUCCUCCAGAGGCUGCGCCCCGACAUCCUGGUCAUCCAUGGCGACCGUUUUGACGCGCUGGCCCUAGCAACUGCUGCAGCGCUGAUGAACAUUAGAAUACUCCACCUGGAGGGAGGAGAGGUGAGUGGUACGAUCGAUGACUCAAUCCGCCACUCCAUUAGUAAACUGGCCCAUUACCACGCCUGCUGCACGCGCAGGGCAGAGCAGCACCUCAUCGCCAUGUGCGAGGACCACUCUCGCAUCCUGCUUGCUGGCUGCCCUUCCUACGAUAAGCUGCUGUCAUCAAAUCAUAGAGACGACUACAUGGAUAUCAUCAAGAGCUGGCUGGGUGACCAGGUGAAGGAGUGUGACUACAUUGUGGCUUUGCAGCACCCAGUUACCACUGACAUCCAGCACUCCGUUAAGAUCUAUGGGCUGAUGCUGGACGCCCUGGUCUCCUUCAACAAAAAGACCCUCAUCCUCUUCCCUAACAUUGACGCCGGAAGUAAAGAGAUGGUGCGUGUCCUGCGAAAGAAGGGCAUCGAGCAGCACCCCAACUUCCGGGCGGUGAAGCACAUUCCCUUUGAGCAGUUCAUCCAGCUGGUGAGCCACGCCGGCUGCAUGAUCGGAAACAGCAGCUGUGGCGUACGAGAGGCGGGGGCCUUUGGCACGCCCGUCAUUAACCUGGGAUCAAGACAAACUGGCAGAGAAACGGGUGAAAAUGUUCUCCAUGUCAGAGAUGCUGACACUCAGAAUAAGAUCUACCACGCUCUGGAGCUGCAGUUUGGAAAGAGAUACCCUUGCUCUAAGAUUUAUGGCGACGGCAACGCUGUUCCUCGUAUUCUCAAGUUUUUACGGACCAUUGACCUGGAUGAGCCACUUCAGAAGACUUUCUGUUUCCCCCCGGUAAAAGACUGCAACUCCCAGGACAUCGAUCACAUCCUGGAGACACAGAGCGCUCUGGCAAUAGACCUGGGAGGGACCAACCUCAGGGUGGCGAUUAUCUGCAUGAGGGGUAAGAUAGUUAAGAAGUAUAGUCUGCCCAAUCCAAAGAACUGUGAGGACCGGAUGCAACUCAUAGUGAAGAUGUGUGCAGUUGCCAUGCAGGAAUCUGUCUGCCUCAACUGUAGAAUCCUCGGUGUUGGAAUUUCCACUGGGGGGCGUGUGAACCCCCAAGAAGGAGUGGUCCUGCACUCCACAAAGCUGAUCCAGGAGUGGUCCUCCGUGGACCUGAGGACGCCCAUCUCCGACGCACUGCACCUGCCCGUCUGGGUGGACAACGACGGCAACUGUGCUGCGUUGGCCGAGAAGAAGUUUGGUCACGGAAAGGGGUUGGAGAACUUUGUCACUCUCAUCACAGGGACAGGUAUCGGAGGAGGGAUUAUCCAUCAGAAUGAGCUGAUUCAUGGCAGUAACUUCUGCGCUGCAGAGCUGGGCCACAUCAUGGUUUCAUUAGAAGGCCCAGAGUGUUCGUGCGGCAGCAGAGGAUGCAUCGAGGCGUACGCUUCCGGCAUGGCCCUGCAGAAGGAGGCCAAAAGGCUGCACGACGAGGACCUGCUGAUGGUAGAGGGGAUGGAUAUGAAGCUCACGGAGCCGAUCACUGCUGCCCACCUCAUCAACGCAGCAAGACUGGGGAACAAUAAAGCUGAAGCUGUUCUGAACAAAGCCUCCACAGCGCUGGGCGUGGGCAUCAUUAACAUCCUCCACAUGGUGGACCCCUCGCUGGUGAUUCUGUCUGGAAUCUUGGCCUCGUACUACCAGGCUCCAGUGCAGCACAUCAUCUCUGAGAGAGCCCUCAUCUCCACCCAGAACAUCAAGGUUGUCACAUCAGAGUUGGAGGAACCUGCUUUACUCGGAGCGGCUAGCAUGGUGUUAGACUACGCAACCAGAAGGCUAUAUUGAAGGAUAUCGUCCUUAUUUACGAACGACUGCUACCAACAAAAGGACGGGAAAACUGAAAGUAGUACUUGUACUGCCCGGGAUACAUUUUGAAUUCUAGACAGUGAUGACACAUUUUGCAUAACCUCGGUGAAGGUAGGUUUGCUUGUCGUGUCUACAAAAGAAUCCAAUUCCCAAGCCUGUGAGUGAUGCUGUCGCAGUUGGAUGUCCAGUUCCAAUCUGGUUAUGUCCCGCGUUGGGUCCAAUGCCAGAAAUAAAUAGGUCUUCUUUUUUCCCCUUUUUUUUGCAAUUAAGCUGUUCAGCUUUUGAGUAAAUGACAAUGCCAUUUUCAAACCAAGAUUACCCAUACAGGGCAGGACUAACCCACUCUACUUUUGAUGUGAUGUUGAUGGAUGGAAAAGUCUGUCAUUAUAGAAAGCUUGUAUCAGAUGUGACCAAAAUAUUGCUUCAACAUUCUCCUGCAGCUUCCUCUCAAUUCACCUUAAUUACUUGCUGUCUUACUUUUCUCAUUUUGCAUACACAUUUUGCAUAAUCUCGGUGAAGGCAGGUUUGCUUGUCGUGUCAUUCUCUAUUUGGUCUAUUUGUUAGAUAAUGGUUACUGUCAAGUCAUAAUGUUACAUUUCUCCAUUAAAUUAUUUUUGUUGUGGGGGAAAAAAUUAUGUUUUUAAAGAUAAUGUUUCAUGUAGUUGGUGAUCUUAACGCCUUUUGGGGUAAGAAAUAUUUAUUGAAAAAUCAGUUAUUACUAAAAUGCUAAUGUUAAGGUAGCAGCUGGUUUAGCUGCUCCGGUGUAAGGAUGACAUGAGGGUGAAUCGUUUGCCUGUGUCAGGUCUUAUUUUUCUUUCAUUACCGCAAACCUUAUGAAGAUUCAAAUAGAUUUUGAGGUUUUCUUCGUGCCUUUCGAAGAUAUACUUUUUAUCUCAAAGUGAUUAAAAUGUUUUGUAUGUAAUUACAUAAUGUAUUGUGCAUUACAUGCUGAUGUUUAUUUUGAUGUCUACACAGAAAAAGUGCAAUUGUUAUAAAGCUCAUUCAAAACACAAAUCUCUUUUAUGUUUAGUGAUAAAGGCCAAAUAAGAGAAAUGCAAUAAAACAAAUAAAAAGUAUGAUGUAAAUGAGUGAGGAAAUUAAACAAAUUUGAUAUUGGG